AUGACAGUGGCUUAUUUGGACCCGGCAGCCUGUUUGUAUCAUGCUGUCGACUCUUGCACCAAGUUUGGAGCUUUCGUGCAAGACAUCGUGCGGACCAGAGAGCCCAGCAUCAAUCGGCGAUGGCACAUAGUGCUGUACAGCGACGAAGUCGCACCGGGAAAUCAGUUAAAGCCCGUGAACUCCCGGAAGCUCCAGACUUUCUAUUGGAGCUUCCGGGAGUUCGGGGCCAGCUUGUGCCAGGAGGAUGCAUGGAUGGUACUCACGACUGUGAGAUCCGAUACUGUCAACAAGUUCAAAGAUGGAUUCACACAGUUGGCGAAACAUGCCAUGCUGAGCUUCGCAGCUCCACACGGCAACUUCCGGCUUGGCUUGUCGAUGGGCCGAUUUGUGAUGUGUGCCGAACUGGCAACGGUGGUCAGCGAUGAAAGUGCUUUAAAGCACACCUUUGAGAACAAAGGCGCCGGUGGCAAGAUGCUCUGCCUGCUGUGUCGCAACACUGUACAGCGACGAUAUGCCAGCUUGCCACUGCAUCCCAGCUUAGUGCUGCACACUUGCACGGAUUUCAGCAAGUUCAAGCUCCACACCUUGAACUCGGUCACGGCAAGCAUUAGGCAUUUGGCAGAUAAGGUGGGCACCAGCACGAAGAAAGAGUUCGAAGAACUCCAAACCAAUCUGGGCUUCAACUACUGCCCUGAGGGUGUGCUCAGUUGCCCGGAGUUGCUGGAGGUCUUUGACCCGACUCGAGGGGCGAUGUACGACUGGGCUCACGUUUAUCUGGUAUCAGGCCUUUUUCAUCUGGAGAUGAACCUGCUUAUGGCUAAGCUGGUGCAGGCCGGAGUGACCCACGAGCAGAUCCAGCGAGGAUUGCUCGAGUACAGUUUGCCGUCCCACUUCGCGAGCUUUGCCGCCUUUGUGAAGAACUGCUUCGUGAAGAAGAAAGGCAGCGAGUGGGACUUCAAGUCGUCGGCGAGCGAGGCUUUGACAAUCUAUCCCAUGCUUCGGGACAUCCUCGCGAACUUGAGGCCAUCAUUGUCAGAAGAUGCCCGCAAUGCCAUCCGGUGUUUCCUGUUGCUUUGCACGUGUGUGGACUUGGUGCAGAAGAGCUUGUCGGAAAGGGUUGAGCCGGCAGACUUGCGAAGGGCCAUUCAGAGCCAUCUGGUGGCCUUUUUGCAGGUCUACCCCGAGGAACGAUUCAUCCCUAAGGGCCAUCUGGCCAUGCAUUUGCCUGCCCAGCUUGAGCAUCACGGCCUUCUCAUCAGUUGUUUGACUCACGAGCGCCGCCACAAAGAGUUGAAACGUUUCGCAAACAACUUGACCAAUGCCCGUCCGGGCACGGAGCGAGGGCUGUUACAGGAGCUGAUGCUCACCCAUUUGGAGUCGCUGGAGCGGGUGCCUUUGGGGUUUGGGACCGAGCUUCAUGCCCCGAAGCCGGCUAGCAUCGCCCUGCAAAGAGCAUUCGCGAGCUUCUUCGGACUUGUCGAAGCGAAGGGGUUGACCAUGGGCUCAAAGGCUCGAGUUCCGAAGGUUCCAGCCGUGGCAACAGGAGACAUCAUCAUCGUGAAGGAGCCGCAAGCUGUUGCUGAGGUCCUAUAUCAUUGCCAGUAUAAUGACCACGUGUUGACUUGCAUUACCCUCUACGAGAGGGGUGCCAAACCCAACCAAUUCAAAGAAGUGCAUGACAACUGCACAUUCGUGAACCCUGAUGUCAUCAUUGGGGCAUGCUUUACUCGUCGUUCCGAUGACGGCUUUGUGCAUGUCGUCCCUCAGCAUUUUGCUUUGUGA